AUUCUUUCCCUUGUCACACUUGUGUUUACAGGACUUCUCUUGCGCACAAAUCAGAUUUCGGCCUGACCUAUGUAAUAUUUGUAAUCACUUUCAUCUCUGAUAGAGUGACGUAACACAUUUAUUUCUAAAGAGGAGGGGGGAAAAACACAAUAUUGAGAUCAACGUAGAACAGAAAAUUUCAUACGAACUAACAAAAUAUCGGCAGACUUCGACUUUGUUCACUGUUUGAUUCAAAAAGAGAAGGGAUAUUACAUAUUCUAUUGUGGAUUACUAAAUCUGAGGUAGCGUCCAGGAUGUUCACGUUAAAGCGAGCAUCUGUCAUUGGCUACUUUCUGGUCUUAGUGAGCAUCGCAGCAGGCCAGGUAGAUGAAACAACAAGUCUUCAGCCAUCUGCUUCCAGCGUCGAUAUUCCCUCUGACAGCUCUACAGAAAUUCCAACCACGGUGUUAUCGAAUCUAACAGACAGUUUGUCUACGUCUCUCGUUUCCUCUUAUGUGGAAGAAGCCGCCAGUCUUGUACCUUCCAUCACACAAGAGUUCAUUCCUAUUGAACCUACUACGCUGUCUACAGACACGGCUAACGUAACAACCUCGUCUGUUAAUAGCUGGGAUGGCGCCUUCGACAUUGCGCCAUCAUCCACCGUGGUGGAGGCUAGCCAAGGUUUCAGCAUCGACGCCGACGCCAUAGCGCCAUCAUCCACCGUGGUGGAGGCCAGCCAGAGAGUUAGCAACGACACCAGCACCAAGGAGGACGGAUCGCCGGAAAUUCAGCCUGCGUCUGGUCAAGACGCUCAAGAAGGAGAGCUUUCGACCGGGGGGAAGGUCGCCAUUGGAAUCUUUGUAUCCCUGGCUAUCGUCGCUUUGAUCGUGGGAGGUGUUUGCUUUUAUCAAAGAACCAACGAUCCUAAAGGAACCUUGAAAAAUUUAGUCAACCCUGGGAUACAAUACAGAAGUUUUGAUACUACCGGCGGUAAGGAAGUGGAGAGUACAGUCUCAAUGCGAUGAUAAAGUGUGGUCAACCUCUUCAGAAUCAAGUGUCACUUAUACAAAUGUUAUGUAGACGCUCUCAUCACAUUCAUAUUGUAAUUCAUCAAUACAUCGUUCAACAUUGUCACAUCACAUUUCAUUCACUUACUCAUCAUGUCUCUUAUCAACCACAAAUUCGAUGUACAAUUGGGAAGAGGGAUUUACUUAGCAAUGACGGUGGUUUUUAUGGUUUGAAAAUAGAGUUUUGUAUCGCACUAACAUUCCAUAAUGAAAUAAUUUCUGGGUUUUUUUUUGUUUGCUGUCCUUAUAAGAUCCAAUAUUUAAAAUGUUUUAGCUCUGUGUUUACAAAAGUGACUUAAAGUUUAUUUUAAAACACCAACAAAAGAUUGUACAUUUUGAUUCUCUACUACUCCCUUUAUGCAGCUGAAACUUUUGUAAAAGUGCGAAAUAAAAAAUUGCCUAAUAUUCCAA